UCGGCAAUUUGUUCACACAGUGACUCCGAGCUGAGCUGAGCGGUCAGGAAGGAUGGGGCUCUCCUCGGGCCUCUUGGCCUCCCUGCUAUGCCUGGGUUUCCUGGGCCCGUGCUUGGCCAACAAGCGGACAGAACAGUGUAGCUGCGCGACCGAGCACGGAUCCUUCCACAACCACCACGCGAUGCUUCUGGACGGGUCCCGCAACGUCAGCCUGGCCGAGUACCGGGGGACGACCCUGCUGGUGGUCACGGUCGCCACCUUCUGAGGGUUCACCCCGCAGUACAUCGGUCUGAAUGCACUAAGGAACAAGAUGGUCGACGAAAACGGUCACCGUUUUGAAAUCCUGGGUUUCCCCACCAACCAGUUCGGGUUAGAAGAGCCAGCAAAGAACCACGAGCUUUUAAAUUGUAUCAGAUACGUGCGCCCUGGGAAUGACUAUGUUCCCAACUUCACCAUGUUCCAGAAGGGAGACUGUAACGGCGAGAACGAGCAGUCGCUCUUCACUUAUCUAAAGAGCUGCUGCCCUCCCAUCUCUGACGUCAUGGGCAUCAGCGGCAACCCAGACAGUCUUUACUGGAAACCGCUCAAGGUGAGCGACGUCCGCUGGAACUUCGAGAAGUUUCUGGUGGAUCCGGAAGGAAAGGGGGUCAAGAGGUUUUCGUCUUACGUGACGCCGGAGGAUCUGGAGUCCGUCAUCGAUGAUUUCAUCAGGACCUGGAACGACACGAACGCCAACCACACGUCGGGCGCCCGGAGCUCGCGCGACACGGGGUUCAUGUCCUGGCUCAACUAAAACAUUCCAUCUGCUGGAGUCCGCAGAGACGAGACAAACAUUUACCGUCCUGUGGAAGUGGGGCUUUUUAGAUAGCAUUUAUCGUUUAGCAACUCUACUCUUACUGUAAUACGCUAGUCUGGGGUCCAGCCUUGGUCAGGUUGUGAGUACUGCAGUUCAAGGUAGCGACAGGUUGCAGCUUACACCAAGACUGGGCUCCAGGCUACAUCUGAGGCAGAAAAUUGUUUAUUACUCAUUUUAGUACAAUCCAUUGGCUUUAAAGUGCGCUGGCACUAAUUUCCUUUCGAACUAGACAAAAAAAGAAGAAAUCACGGAGAUAUUCAGUCAGUGCUUCGACAUUUAGAUACAUGUAUUAUAUAGAGAGUAUAUACUUUGGUCCUUGGGCCCGACAACUCUAUGACGAGGGAAAUCACAAACCGCGUCGCGGGGGGUUCCCUCAGAUUGGGAUGAAGUCUUCCUCGGCCUUCGUGCAUUCAGCUGAGGGGCGCGACAUCCGCCGUUGUUGUGUUCAAUAACGUAGAAUAAAUCUUGGUCAGCACUUUCA